GUUCUACUGUUACAAUACUAUGGUUGUUAUAUUCAAAGGAAUUCCAAAAUGUAUAUUUUCCUACUGAUGUAUGCUGAGUUUCUUUCACUGAUUCAAUUAAAACAUGUAUCUACUCUCUGUAAACAUCUGCUAUUUAGCUCUGUGCCUUUAAGGUUUGUGCCCACACUGAUGAAGCAACUCCCACUUCUGGUGAAAUGAAACCUAUUUAGCUUUGCUCUUAGCCACAAGUGUGUGUUUCUGAGGAGAAAUGGCGAGUGCUUCAAUGUUUCAGGAUGAGUUCAACUGUUCUAUAUGUCUGGAUCUACUGAAGGACCCGGUGACUAUUCCCUGUGGACACAGUUUCUGUUUGAACUGCAUUACAGGCUGCUGGGAUCAAGAGGACCAGAAAGGUGUUUACAGCUGCCCCCAGUGCAGAGAGACCUUCACUCCGAGGCCUGCUCUUUAUAGGAACACAAUGAUGGCUGACAUGCUAGAGAAACUGAAGAAGACUGAACUCCGAUCUGAUGUCGCAGUUUCCUCUGACGUCAAACCAGGCGACGUGGAGUGUGAUUUCUGCACUGGGACAAAACAUAAAGCCAUCAAGUCGUGUCUAACAUGUCUGCUUUCCUAUUGUGAAGCUCAUAUUCAGCCUCACUACGAAGUGCCUCGUCUAAGCAAGCACAAGCUGGUGAAUGCCACCUCACAGCUGCAAGACAGGAUCUGCUCUCAGCACGACAAGAUCAUUGAGUUGUUUUGUCGCACAGACCAGCAGUUAAUGUGUAUGUUGUGUUCCAUGGAUGACCACAAUGGACAUAAGACGGUCUCAGCUGCUGCAGAACGGACUGAGAAACAGAAACAGCUGGUGAAGUUGAAGGGAGACAUCCCCAGGCAGAUCCAGCAGAAGGAGAAGGAGUUGGAGGGGGUGAAACAGGCUCUGAAUGCUCUGCAGGUCUCUGUGCAGGAAGCUGUUAUGUACACUGAUCACACCUUCACUGAGCUCAUCAGCUUCAUGGAGCAGAAGCGCUCUGAGGUGACCGAGUCGAUCAGAGCUCAGGAGAGGGCAGAGGUGAGUCGAGCUGAAGGACUCCUGGAGCAGCUGGAGCUGGAGAUCUAUAUACUGAAGAGCAGAGAUGCUGACAUGGAGAAACUUCAGCCAAUAGAGGACCCCAUUGAUUUCAUUCAGAGUUUCCAGUCCCACUUCCCUUCCUUGUCUAUGGCUGAGACCCUUCCCAAGGUCACGUUUAAAUCCCAGUUCUCCUUCCAUGAAGUGAUGAAAUCAGUGUCUCCAUCUCUGAGAGAGAAAACAAAAGAAUUCCACCAUGCAAUAUUUAAAGUCACAGGUUUCAUGGCCAUGGACACAGUCAGAUUGAAGAUUCCUGGGAGCAUCUCCAAGACUUGUCGUGCAUAUCCGACAUCAACAUUUGGUUUCGGGGGGUUUGGUACAGGAGCUUUUUCAGCUGCUCCAGCUCCUCAGUCUUCAUUUGGACGAGUUGUGAAUAAUUGUGGUUAUGACCACAAUUAUACCAUCUCUGUCAAUGGUCUUGGCGUGGUAAUCGAUUCAAGACCAGAUUACAUGAGUGUUAACUUCCCUGAGCACCAGGAUUGGAGUGGGAGUUCAUCUGAGCUGGAACUGGUACAUGUGAUAGGUUAAGAUACAGGCAAAAGUCGAGCCUAGCAGCGGGAAUGAAAUUGCAUGCAAGGCAACAUGGGUAUACCCAGGCUAGUAAAUAAUAUCCCUUUGGUUACGAAACAUUGUCUUUUAUUUCAUGUAAUAUUAUGGAGAGGUGCAGAGUUCACAUUGGCAAACAAUUUUUUAAUUUAAUUUAAUUUAAUUGAUUUCCUUUAUUUCUUUUUCACUUUUUUAGAGUGUAACCAUAUUAAUUCUAUAAUGUCACCUUUGCAGUUUCACAGUAAAAGGGAACUCAUUACAAGGUGUAACAUGUUUAUAUAUAAAGGGGGAAAUUACUUUUAUUGCUCAGGGUCAUGGAGUUGUAUUGAUAGACAGAUAGACAGAUAGAUAGCUAGAUAGAUAGAUAGACUUUAUUUAUCCAGAAGGAAAUUAAGGUGUCUAAUACCUUAUACACAUAAGGUUGUACAUGUUAAAGUAGCAGUGUGGAAAUAAAUGCAGUAAGGUGCCAUUUUGCCAUGAAGACUUAAUUACUUGUUCCAGUGAAACAAUUAAAUAGGAAAUAGGCAAUAGGAAGCCUCUUGCACAAAGUGAGCCUAGAUGAUGAAUCAAAAUACUCCCUGAUUGCCUUUUGUGUGUCUUGCUGAUCUUGCUGACCCUUGACUUGAUAAAAAAAAAAAAAAAAAAAAAAUAAAGGGAAAUGGCAGUGUGCAUCAGUUUCAUUUUUGUUUCAAACUCAUACACAAAAGGUGAAAGUAUUUUGUCAACUUAGACAGAAUAUUCAGGCAACAGCGCUGCUGUCGGUGGUUAAAUCAAGCCUGCUGGAAUUUACUGUAGCUAAAUAGCUCAAGUAAGUUCUAGUAAGUUCCUUU